AGGAGCUGGUUCUGGAUAACUGCCGCUCGGACGACGGGAAGGUCGUUGGUCUCUCUUCAGAUUUUGAGAACCUGGAGUUCCUCAGCAUGAUCAAUGUCAACUUGCUGUCUGUCUCCAAUCUCCCCAAACUCAACAAACUCCGGAAGCUGGAGCUGAGCGAUAAUAGGAUUUCUGGUGGCCUUGAAGUUCUAGCAGAGAGAACUCCUAACCUGACACACUUGAAUCUAAGUGGCAACAAGAUCAAAGACAUCAACACCCUGGAGCCCUUGAAAAAGUUGCCAAACCUCCAUAGUCUGGACCUCUUCAACUGUGAGGUGACAAUGCUCAUCAACUACCGGGAGAGCGUGUUCACCCUCCUGCCCCAGCUCACCUACCUGGAUGGCUUUGAUGCUGACGACCAGGAAGCCCCCGACUCAGACCCUGAGGCAGAUGGGGAUGGGCUGGAAGACGAGUAUGAGAACGGGGAAGAAGGUGAGGAAGAGGAUGAUGAUGAUGAGGAAGAUGACUUGGAUGAAGAAGUCAUCGAUGAUGAAGAAGAUGAAGAUGAUGAUCUGGAAGGUGAAGAGGAAGAGGAUGGAGUGGAUGAUGAGGUGAGGCUUUCCACCAUCAGUGAAGAUGAGGAGGAAGAUGGUGAGGAGGAUGAAGAAGAUGAAGCUGACGAUGACCUUCCACGAGGGGAAAAGAGAAAACGAAACGUAGAGGACGAAGGCGAGGAAGAUGCAGAAGAGGAAGAGGAAGAUGAGGAUGACUGAUGCGAGCGAGCCGAUCCGUCUUACGGACUCUGACUGUGCUUGUCUUAACCUCCCCGUUGUGUCUAUGUGAGACUGUAAAUCCCCCACCUCCCACUCCUCCCCCCUUUGUAUGGCUGCAGCGUCCACAAUAUAUUUUUUUAAGAUGUAGAAUACUGUAGGCAUUCAGGGGAAUCUUCCAUACAAGGCUCACUUUUUUUCUCACAAGUUUUCUCAUGACCAAAGGCUUUCUCCGUUCUGUGGUUUGUGCAGCAGUUUGCAAAA